UAUGAGGGUGGUGCAAUGGAGGGGGGCAGGGGACCAAGCAUCUGGGACAACUUCACUCACCAGAACCCAGCCAAAAUUGUCGACGGAAGCAACGGGGAUGUUGCAGUGGAUUCCUACCAUCUUUACAAGGAAGAUGUGCGCCUCAUGAAGGAUAUGGGAAUGGAUGCAUACAGGUUCUCCAUAUCAUGGACAAGGAUUCUUCCAGAUGGGACUCUGAGAGGUGGAGUGAACAGAGAAGGCGUCGAGUAUUACAACAACUUGAUUAAUGAGCUAUUAUCCAGAGGGGUGCAGCCAUUUGUGACCCUUUUUCACUGGGAUUCACCUCAGGCAUUAGAAGAUAAAUACGGAGGGUUUCUUAACCCUAAUAUCAUAAACGACUAUAAGGAUUACGCUGAAGUCUGCUUCAGGGAGUUCGGGGACCGAGUGAAGCACUGGAUCACAUUCAAUGAGCCCUGGGCCGUGAGCGUUGCGGGCUAUGCAAUGGGUGUGCUUGCGCCAGGUAGGUGCUCACCCUGGGAGAUGGGGAAAUGCAGCGCUGGAGAUUCAGCAAGUGAGCCUUACACAGUAUCCCACCAUCAGCUACUCGCCCAUGCGGCGGCCGUCAAAUUAUACAGAGAGAAAUAUAAGGUCGUUCAGAAGGGGAAGAUUGGGAUAACUUUAGUCUCAGCCUGGUUUGUUCCCUUCUCCCGUUCAGACUCCGACAGUGAUGCAGCAAAGCGUGCUACAGACUUCAUGCUUGGAUGGUUUAUGGACCCCCUAACCAGAGGAGACUACCCACUGAGCAUGAGAAGACUUGUCAGAGAUCGCUUACCGCGGUUCACCAAACAACAAUCUAAAUUGGUCAAGGGUGCAUUCGACUUCAUUGGUAUCAACUACUACACUGCAAACUAUGCUGAUAACCUUCCACCAUCAAAUGGCCUGAAGAGCUACAAUACAGAUGCCCGAGCUAAUCUUACCGGAUUUCGAAAUGGCACCCCCAUAGGUCUUCAGACUGGUUUACCUUGGCUCUACGUCUACCCUCAAGGGUUACGUGAUCUGAUGCUUUAUGUCAAGGAGAAGUAUGGCAAUCCUACCAUCUACAUCACCGAAAAUGGCCUCGGUGAAACCACCACCAACACGAGCCUACCACUCGCGGAAGCACUGAAGGACGAUGCGAGGAUAGAGUACCACCACAUGCACCUUGUUGCCUUGUUGAGUGCGAUCAGGGAUGGGGCAAACGUGAAGGGGUACUUCGCGUGGUCGCUGCUGGACAACUUCGAGUGGGCGACUGGGUACACGGUGCGCUUCGGAUUACACUACGUAGACUACGGCGAUGGGCGGAAGCGGUACCCCAAGCGCUCUGCCGGCUGGUUCAAGAGGUUCCUCAAGUGAUGAGCUCGUAAAAUUAUUUACUACUCCUGAAGCUAAAGCAGUGACAAGUAAUAUGAAUCGGAGGGGGUAGCAACCAGCGAGAAGAAUGGAGUAGGUCGUUUAUCUGUGUUUCGUUCUGUAAACUGUACCCCAAGGAUUCCUUCACUGAAAUCCAGUUCUUUCUAUACAUCAUUGAGUGUACCCAAGAUAUCCGCCUGACUGGCUGGUGGCUGCGUGACUAUCU